CCCGCGUGACCCCGAAGCGGCCCGCGGAGUCGCUCGAGUCUCUUUGGGCGACAUGAAGACAAACAAGUGACAAGCGGCGCCGCAACUGCAGCAGCACGCCAAGCAUCGCGGGCUCUUCACCGGCCGGAGGAGGAGUGGGCGGCGCUUCUCAUGAGCGGCAGAGGGGAUUCUGCUCGACCAGCGGAAGCAACAUGAGACUGAGGUGUUUCCUGAUGCUUCUUACCAGCACCGCUGUUCUUGGGGGCGACGACGAGGAGCUGUGCGGGGGGCGAGACUGUUCCUCCUGUCAAUGCUUUCCCGCGAAGGGGGCGAGGGGAUCUCCAGGGUCUCUUGGGCGUCAGGGUCCUCAGGGGCCCCCAGGCUUCCCGGGCCCGCAGGGUCCUCCAGGAGAGAAAGGCAAGCGAGGGGCCGAAGGCCCAGCAGGAUCUCCGGGACCGAAGGGAGACAUGGGAGCUGUCGGUGUUCCCGGAUUUCCUGGUUUAGAGGGCGUCCCGGGUCACACAGGCCCAGGCGGCGGUCCCGGUUUUCCAGGUGUAGACGGAUGUAAUGGGACCAGAGGAAAGCAGGGAGAGCCGGGACUACCUGGAGAACAAGGGCCCAGCGGUGACGUGGGUCUUCAAGGACCAAAAGGAUUUCCAGGAGAGCCAGCAUUCUUCUUUCUCCAGUACCCUGGAGUCACCGGUGACGCCGGCUCCGGGGGUCUCCCUGGUCUGCCGGGUGGACAGGGUCUGGAAGGUUCGAGAGGAUUAACAGGUCCUGUUGGUCUUGACGGAACAAAUGGUCUCCCUGGUUUGCCAGGUUUCAGAGGUCCACCUGGCGACCGAGGUCGAUCGGUGCCGGGACUGAAAGGAGACGAGGGGGAACAAGGCGUCCAGGGGCCCCCGGGGCCAUUUGAGAUUGUCGAUCCCCCAGAGGAAUUUUUUGUCAGAGGAGAGCAGGGGCCAAUGGGACCCAAAGGGGUGUGUGGAGAUCCAGGACUGCCGGGUCUGGAUGCUCUUCCUGGCAUCAAGGGAGAGAAGGGGAUUGUGGGACCUCCUGGACCCAGGGGACUGCCAGGACGUCGAGGGCGACCCGGUUGCAAAGGAGCACGGGGCGCUGUCGGAAGUUCUGGUCUUCCGGGUCUGAUCGGACAAGAAGGCCCAAAGGGCAUAAGAGGAGAUUCUGGUCUUAAAGGCCUGCCUCAGGAAAUCCUCGUCACACAUUCGGGUGACGCUGGAGAUCCAGGACGUCUGGGACUGAUGGGACCUCCAGGAGAUCGUGGGUUGAUGGGAAUGCACGGACCCCGAGGACCCCCUGGUAGAGCCGACCCAGGACCAGCAGGAGUGGUGGGAGCGAGGGGGACUCCAGGAAGCAGAGGUGUGAGAGGCGAUCCGGGUCAAGUUUUCACAGAUCAGGUAUUCCCUGGAGAAGCAGGGAGACCGGGAAGCCCAGGACCCAGAGGAGCCAAAGGACAACCGGGAAGGGCAGGCUAUUACUGCCUUCCCGGACUGCCCGGAGUAUCUGGGGAACCUGGCGAUCGAGGGCCCUCGGGGGCCCCAGGUUACUAUGGGUUCAAAGGUCGCCAAGGUGAAUGCUCCUGUCCUCCGAUUGUGGCGAGGGGAGCCCCGGGCCGAGCGGGAGAGCCCGGGUCGGUGGGCUAUGAAGGGUCCCCUGGAGCUCAGGGGCCAAUAGGGGAGAAAGGCUUCGCGGGAGACGCUGGAGCGACAGGACAACCGGGCCUCGGUGGCUUACCUGGUGUCAAAGGGUUCAAAGGUCAAAAAGGAGACUUCCUUGUGGUAGACAUUAAAGGUGAGAAGGGCGAUAGCGGUGAGCCGGGUGCUGUUGGCAGACAAGGUUUCCCUGGGAGAAGGGGACGGAAUGGACUCCCAGGCCUCCCUGGAGGUCCUGGACCGCAGGGAGAAAGUUACCCGGGGCCUCCAGGGCACCGAGGCCUUCCAGGUCUCCCUGGUCCCAAAGGAUUAACGGGACCUACUGGCCCCCAGGGAUUAGGUGUGGUUGGAGCAGUCGGAAGGCGGGGGGACCCAGGGGCCCCAGGACCUCUGGGUUUCCCUGGCGUCCCCGGCUUGAAAGGGGUUCAAGGCGAAACGCUUACUUGUGUGCCCCCAAAACCUGGAGCUCCAGGACAAAAAGGGGAGGCCGGAGAUAGAGGCCUCAGAGGACUUCCAGGUCCCCCUGGUUUCUUUGGAUUCACAGGGCCUGAUGGACCUAAAGGAGAAAAGGGACGGUCGGGACUUCCUGGACCACCUGGACUAGCGGGACCGCCAGGUUUUAUUGGAGAUACUGGAGAUGAAGGACUUGAAGGAUUCAAUUUUUCUGGAGCACCAGGCUCUCCAGGUGCACCAGGUACUCCUGGACUUAGAGGACCAGCUGGAGAUUCUUAUGUGGGGACCUCAGGACCCAUUGGUUUCCCAGGGCUAGCGGGCUCUCAGGGACCGAAGGGAAUUCCAGGCCAAGCUGGCAAGCAGGGUGUUCAAGGAGUUCUGGGUCUCCCCGGGAGACCCGGGGUAAAGGGCCAGAGAGGACAGGAUGGGGCAAUGGGCACUAUUGGUCCCCCAGGCCCGAUGUACGAUUUCUGUGAAAGAGGAAAACCUGGUCCCGCAGGCCCUCUCGGUCGACAAGGCGCAAUUGGCCCCCCGGGAUGUUUUGGGCAGAAAGGUGAAGUGGGAGAACCGGGAUUCCCGGGUUAUGGCCCCAGCGGCCCUGUAGGUAAACCAGGGUCAUCGGGUUUUCCUGGGUAUCCGGGACUUCCGGGCCCGCCCGGUCCCGGCGGAGACUCUGGAUUGGCGGGCUCGGACGGCCCGAAAGGUCUGAGGGGACCCCUUGGUAACAAUGGUGCCCAAGGGGUACCAGGACGGAUUGGGUUCCCAGGAUAUCCAGGCAGGACAGGAGCGAGAGGAUCUAAUGGACAAGAUGGCAGGCCAGGAUUUCAAGGUCCCAAAGGAGAGAGAGGCUGUAAAGGGUACCCGGGACCUCCUGGGGAGAUACUGGGUGUCCCCAUCAAAGGAGUGAGAGGAAAACCGGCCCCCCCCGGUGUCAAUGGGUUCCCCGGUGCACGAGGGAGUAAGGGUGCGCAAGGCCUUGUGGGUAAGCCUGGGUAUUCGGGCAUCGACAUGCCCCCGGGUAUCGGCGGCCCCCCGGGUCUGCCUGGGUCUUCUGGCAAACCAGGUUUUUCUGGAGGACCUGGGCCUCCUGGACCUUCUGGUUUCCUCGGCUUCCCUGGAGAAACAGGAGAUCCGGGUGACCGAGGUUCCUCUGGGAGGUCCGGUGAACGUGGUCGCCAAGGACGUCCUGGGUCCAAAGGUGAUAAAGGAGACUCUCGCAGUAGACCUGGUUUACCAGGGGAGAAAGGGGUCCGUGGAUACUCCGGACCUCCAGGUCCUCCUGGACUUCAAGGAGAUCCCGGAGCACUGGGUUUCAGUGGAGAGCCGGGCCAGAGGGGUUCCAAAGGAGAUCCGGGACAGCCCGGGGAGCAGGGACCAUCAGGAGUGACUGGGCCCCCGGGGCCCAGCGGUCGCCCUGGGGUUCCUGGGCUUCCUGGUAAUGCGGGUGCUGACGGUCCCCCUGGACCGCAGGGUCUCCCAGGACUCCAAGGUCCUCCUGGACCACUGGGACUUCAUGGCCUGGAUGGACUGAAGGGGGUAAAAGGAGACAUUGGCACCAGAGGUCUCAGUCUUACAGGUUCUCAAGGUUCUCAAGGCCUUCCGGGAGAAAAGGGCCCGCCUGGACCUCCAGGUCCUCCGGGUUCAUCACAGCCAGGACCUCCAGGACCCAGAGGCCCUGCAGGAUCCAGAGGGCCACAAGGAGGUGUUGGUCCUUCAGGUGAAUCUGGACCCAACUGUAAAAAUCCUCCACAAGGGAUUUUGGGAGAUCCUGGUGACCCUGGAUUAGAUGGAGAGCCAGGUUACCCCGGUGACAAGGGGGUGUCUGGUCCUAACCCUCCAGUACCUGGCGAUGAUGGGGACAAUGGAGACAAUGGAUGCCUAGGCCCAAAGGGGGACAAAGGACUUCCAGGGCCCACAGGACAACCAGGCAUUGCUGGAUCACCAGGAUUCAAGGGUGAGCGAGGUUCUCCUGGCCUGAUGGGGAUACCUGGAGACACGGGUCCAAGAGGUUUUCCGGGACCAACUGGACCGCUGGGGUCUCAAGGCGGUACAGGUCUGGCAGGUCCAAAAGGGGAGAUGGGCAGAGUUUUUCCUUGCUCCGCUCACCCUUCACCUCCACGGGGCCCUCCGGGACCCCCUGGGCUACCUGGUCUACCAGGAAGUCCUAGUUUUCAGGGAGAGAAUGGUCUCCAGGGACUCAAAGGUAGGAAAGGCGAUGCCGGGCGUCUGGGGCCGCAAGGCCCUCGGGGGCCACCGGGUCCCGACGGGGAGCCCGGUCGACGAGGCCUGGAGGGGGACAACGGCGAGGUGGGAGCCAAGGGCGAUCCUGGUUUGAUGGGAGACCGUGGACCUCCUGGACCGUCCAGAGCCUUGAACGCAGGCUUCCUGUUGGUCAUGCACAGCCAGUCCAAAACGCUUCCAUCGUGCCCACAGGGGAUGCGAAUUCUGUGGGCCGGCUACAGUCUGUUGUACCUGGAAGGCCAGGAGAAGGCGCACACUCAGGACCUCGGCCAGGCGGGCUCGUGCAUGCGCGUCUUCUCCACCAUGCCGUUCGCCUCGUGCAACACGGGCACGUGCUCGUACGCCGGCCGCAACGACAAAUCCUAUUGGCUGUCCACCACGGCCGCCGCGCCCGCCUUGCCGGUGGGCGGGGCCUCCGUCGAAGAGCACAUCAGCCGCUGCGCCGUGUGCGAGGCGCCCUCGGCUCCGGCGGCUCUGCACAGCCAGUCGUCCGUCCUGCCGCGGUGCCCGCCCGGCUGGACCAGCCUGUGGACCGGAUACUCCUUCCUCAUGCACACGGGAGCGGGCGACGAGGGCGGAGGUCAAUCUCUGACGUCGUCGGGAAGUUGCCUGCCGACCUUCCGGGCUCAGCCCUUCGUGGAGUGCCAAGGCCCUCGCGGGACCUGCCACUACUUCGCCAACAUUUACAGCUUCUGGCUGACGGCGCCCGACGCCGUCGCGCAGCACGGAAGCGACGUCGGACGCUGCAACGUCUGCGUCAAAGUCGGCCGCUCGUGAGGCGACGGGGACGCUCCCGGCGCGCAGAACUUUCACACCUUUGAAAGAACAGGCGCCUGAAAUUGUCAGAAAUGGAAAUAAACAUAUCUUUUGGACUUUC